AUGGCGGAUGCUGAAAUUGAGAAUAAAGAUGCCCUCGAAGCUAAAAAGGAAGCAGAAAGGCAAAAGAUCCUGGGAAUCGAUGAGUCGAAGAUCUUAGCUGAAAUGGCCGAGGAUGACCUGCAAAAUCUUCUUUGCGACAUCGCUGAUAUGGAUCCGGACAACACGAUGCUCCCUGUCGGACAUCGUCAACGAGAUCAUACCAAGAAAGAGCCAACUGGCCCACUUGAUCGGGAGAAAUUGAUGAACUCGUUGGAGGAAACCGCGCUGGAAAUUCCCGAUAAGGAGGAAGAGGUUCCAUUUGUUCCGGGAACGAAGAAAGGAAAAGUCUUCAAGCAAAAGGAAAAGAUCGUGUCAGACAAUCCGUACGCGCUCGAGGACGGCGCGACAGCUGAAGACAACUUGGAGCCAGAAGUGAAGCAGGCACUUGAAAAUGCCACUGACUUGGAGCUCACUGACCUUGCAGCUGUAUUAGGGCUCUACAAGAUGCUGAACAACCAGCAGUACUAUGACGCGCAAGGGGCGGGCGAUCAAAUGGUCUGUACGGAGAGUUGGAAGGACAACACUUUGUGCAAACUUCCCUUGGCGUCGCUCGAUGACGAACCAAACGCGAUAGAUGUUGAAGCUGCUCUCGAGCAAGUCAAAAAAAAUGACAGCUCGCUCACUGAACUCAAUCUCAACAAUGUUUAUAAUAUACAAAUAGACACCAUCGUUGAAUUUUGCGAAGCACUCAAGUCGAACACGAGCGUAAAAUCCUUCUCGAUCGCCAACACCAAGUCCACUGAUGUCGUCGCUCAAGCUCUGGCAGCAGUCCUCUGCCAAAAUUCGACCCUUUCGAGCCUCAACAUUGAAACAAACUUCAUCACGACCGAGGGAAUGCUAGCUAUUGUCGAAGCUCUUUCGGCAAAUACAACUCUUUCCGAAAUCCGGUUCGCCAAUCAGCGCCAAAAACUUGCAGGAAAGUUCGAAGAAACGCUGAAAAACGUGCUCGAAGAGAAUACGUCCAUCAAAAAACUUGGCUAUCAAUUUAGCUGUCCCGGACCACGACACAUUUGCGGCCAGUUGAUCACUAGAAAUGUCGAUCUUGCUCGUCAAAAACGAACGGGCAAGGCCUGA